UCAUUGUGUUGUGUCAUCUAAUCCCUGUCUCUUUUGGGUUUGGGUUUUGAUUGUCGUAGAGUUUCACUUCACACAUCAACCCAACCCAACGCGAUGUUCAAGAAGGCGGUGGAAGCAAAGUCUCAGCAGAGGCUCUCCGGCGCCGACAGGAAGAAGCUGAAACGAAGCAUCAAGGACAAAUUCCCAAGAGCUUCUGAUUCCGACUUAGACGCCUUGCUUCCUCCCAAGGCUGAGGUAACAGUUGCCAAGUUCCAGAAUCGAGUGCUUGUUUAUGUUGUGGAGGGAGGCUUUCCUGUGUUUUUUGAUGUUGAUGGCCGCGGCUCUGAUAUUUUCCCAACAGUGUUUGCUCUCUGGAUGGUUCCUGAGCUACUGCCUGCUUUCAUGCUCAAGGGCGGUGAGGUUUCUCGAUAUGUCAUAGGUGGAGCAGACUUGAUGUUCCCUGGCAUAAGUGUGCCUCCUGAAGGUCUUCCAUCAUUUGCAGCAGGGGAAACAUGGGCGGUUAAAGUACCCGGAAAUCCUGCUCCCAUUGCGGUUGGGAGUACCACAAUGAGCAGUGCUGAAGCACUAAAAGCUGGAUUGCGCGGAAAGGCGUUAAGAAUAACUCAUUAUUAUCGUGAUUUUCUUUGGCAAUCGGUUGAGGGCCGUUACGUACCUAAUGCAGGUUUUCUUGAAGAUGUUGUGUACGAGGAUCCUUCUUUAUUUCCACCUGCUCAUGAUUCUGCUCCAAAUGAGGUUUCUUGUGAGACAUCAAUUGACCAUCAGAACAACACAAAAGGCGGCGAAGCAGAGGAAUCUCUGGAUGUAAAUGAGUUACAAACUGACUCUGGCCCUGCAUUGACAACACCGAAAGAUGGUGAAAAUGAUACAGCAAAUGAAAUAACUACCGGUGUGGCUGAUUUGGAGUUACCAGAUACUGGCUCUGCUAAUGACACAACUGACCAACUAUCAGCUUCAGAUGUAGAUUCUCUGUUAGAUAAAUGCCUUUUACAGGCAUUGCAUACAACAGUGAAGGACAAGGACCUUCCCUUGCCUGGAAGCACUCUAUGGUCAAACCAUGUAUUGCCAUGUAGGCCUUCAGGAAUGACUCUUGACAUCAAGAAAUCAUCCUACAAGAAGUUAUCCAAGUGGUUACAAGCAAAGGCCUCCUCUGGUUUGGUAUCAGUUAAAGAAGAUAAAUACAAAAAAGAGUUCAUGCUAUUGUCAGUAAACAGAAACCAUGCUGAUUACAAAUCCUUUAAGCCUGAAAAAAGGCCAGUGGAGAAAAGUGACCAGUCCAGUGCUCACUCUGCCAAUGAAACUAGUUCAUCCAAAACGCUUGAGGUAGCUGAAAUCUACAAGCCAAGUGUACAUGUCAAUUCCAUAUUUUCAUCUGUGGGAGCUGACAUAGGGAAACUUUAUACUGCUUCUGAAGCUUCUGACAUUGUCUUCAAAUACGUUGAAAAAGAAAAUCUUGUGAAACCAACAGAUAAAUCCAUUGUGGUUCUAGACGCAAUAUUAUGUGAUGCACUGUUCAAGGGGGCUAUUAAAAAAGGAACAGCUUAUCCUUCACAAAUUCACAAGAAAGAUAUAGGUUCUACAUUUGUGAGCCGUAUGCAACCUCACCAUGUUGUGACAAGAGGGAAUGAAUCUGUAGUCCGUAAAGGUGCAGUUAAAACAAUUCAGAUAUUGACAGAACGGCGGCAAGGCAACAAGAAGGUCACCAAACUCUCUGGUAUGGAAACCUAUCUUAUAGAUGCUGAAGCAUUAUCAUCAGAACUGCAGAAGAAGUUUGCUUGCAGUACCACUAUUGCAGAACUGCCAGGUAAGAAAGGGCAUGAGGUUCUGGUUCAAGGAGGAGUUAUUGAUGACCUAGCAAGGCAUUUGAUUGAACACUACGGAGUUCCAAAGAGAUUUAUUGAAGUUUAUGAUAAAACCAAGAGAUGAGCAACCUAAAGUGGUUGUUUGUGGCACUGCUGCUGCUAGUGCUUUACUUGAAUGUCAGGACUCAGGACACAUGAAUUUUUGUACUUUUUCUUUCACUGGUAUUAUUAGGUUGAAGUGAAUAUAGGAGGAGCAAACUGAGAAUAGGAAUGGGCAAAGGUUCUUUACGAUAUGAAUAUUUGCAGUUUAUUAUAGCAUGUUUGUGUUAGAGUUAGAUAAUUAAUCAUAAACAAACUUUGAAAAUAAGGAGGUGAUGUGCUCCUUUGACAUUAUUGACAUUGCAAACUGUGUUUCUCAGUUUAUUUCAGUUGAAUGUCUCUUGGAACAUGAAGAAAGUUAAACUACACACAGUUUUUUUGAAGCAAUGAAGAUGGUCUGCCAUUCAGACCUUGAUCGGUUGAGUUGAGGGCUUGGUGCUGCAGUGACACUUUCACUAUUUGACAAUUGACAUUGUGUAUUGAAAUUUAGCUUUUAGGAAGUAUAUUUUUUGGAAUAUUUAUGUUUCUACAAUUUUCCUUGA